AUGGCGACUGACCCGCCGCCGCCCAGCCACCUCGCCGCCUUCACCAUUCCUCCACACUCGAGCGCCAGCCGGAGGCCUGCCAACAUCCCGCUCCACAACCUCGCCUCGACCGCCCGCAACAGACCCGCCGACGACGAGGCUUAUCUGCUCGACGACCACGACCACGACCACGACCACGACAAGCAUAGCGCCCGCUCCUCGCUCGACACGCCCGAAUCAGACUCGGACCUGUCCAUCUGGAGCGACACGGGCGACCUCGUCGACCAGCUCGCCCGCCGCCAAGACCCGCUGCGUAUCCGCCUCGAGCAGGCCCACGCCGCCGCGAACCCCCCUCGCCAGCACCCAAAGCGCACCCGCUUCGCCUCGCAGCACCUCCACGAAAAGGGCCCCCACGCCAUCUUCAAGGACGACAUUGAAAUCCCCGACCCCGGCCCCCGCACAAUCUCAAAGGCUGAGAGGAUCCUCGCCGCCAUCAUGGCUCCCAACGACGGGCCCUCCCGUAUGCACGGCCUGCAUGGCAAGAAGCUGAUCUACUUCACCAGCGUCUUCGUCUCGCUGGGUGUGUUCCUGUUUGGCUACGACCAGGGAGUCAUGUCCGGAAUCAUAACGGGCAUGUACUUCAAGGACUACUUCAACCAGCCUACCGCGGCCGAGCUGGGCACCAUGGUGGCCAUUCUCGAGGUCGGCGCCUUCAUCUCCUCGCUCGUAGUGGGCCGCAUUGGCGAUGUCCUCGGUAGACGGAAGACGAUUCUGUACGGCUCCCUCAUCUUUGUCGUUGGCGGGGCUCUCCAGACGUUUGCAAACGGAAUCCCCAUGAUGCUCCUGGGCAGAGUCAUUGCUGGUCUCGGCGUUGGCUCCCUGUCCACCAUCGUCCCCGUCUACCAGUCGGAAAUCUCGCCGCCCCACAACCGAGGAAAGAUGGGCUGCAUCGAAUUCACGGGCAACAUUGCCGGCUAUGCCGUCAGUGUUUGGGUCGACUACUUUUGCACCUACAUCAAGAGCGACUGGUCGUGGAGAGUGCCCCUCUUCAUGCAGUGCAUCAUGGGUCUUCUCCUCGCCGGAGGCAGCUUGCUCAUCUGCGAGUCCCCAAGAUGGCUCUUGGACAACGACCAUGACGAAGAGGGCAUUGUGGUGAUUGCCAAUUUGUACGGAAAGGGCGACAUCCACAACCCUAAAGCACGAGAUGAAUACCGAGAGAUCAAGAUGAACGUCCUGCUCCAGCGCCAAGAAGGUGAACGCUCGUACCCGGACAUGUUCAGGCGAUACUCCAAACGCGUCUUCAUUGCCAUGUCCGCCCAAGCCCUUGCGCAACUCAACGGCAUCAACGUCAUCUCGUACUAUGCACCCCUUGUCUUUGAGGAAGCCGGCUGGUAUGGUCGCCAGGCCAUUCUCAUGACUGGCAUCAACGCCAUCACAUACCUGCUGUCUACCAUUCCCCCGUGGUACAUUGUCGACUCGCUGGGCCGUCGAAAGAUCCUCUUGUCUGGCGCCCUUAUGAUGCUCGUCUCCCUGUCUCUCAUCUCCUACUUCAUCUUCCUGCAAGCUUCGUGGACACCCAACAUGGUUGUGAUAUUUGUCAUGAUCUAUAAUGCCGCUUUUGGAUACUCAUGGGGCCCUAUCCCGUGGUUGUACCCGCCCGAGAUUUUGCCCCUCAGCAUUCGUGCCAAGGGUGCUAGUUUGAGUACCGCGACCAACUGGGCCUUUAACUGGCUGGUGGGAGAAAUGACACCCAUACUGCAGGAGCACAUCCAGUGGCGUCUAUACCUCAUUCACGCCUUCUUCUGUGCUGUCAGUUUUGUUAUCGUAUACUUCAUCUAUCCUGAAACUGCCAAUGUCCGUCUGGAAGACAUGAACUCGCUAUUUGGAGACGCCACCUCCGUCAUGCCUACCCCAGAGACGCUUGCGCAAGCCGAGUCGCUGUUUAGCGGCGAAGGCCGUGGCUCCCCCGUGCCAUCUCUCGACAUUCGAGGUGCACGCCGCCCCGCAGACGAUGCCAUUCCCGGACUCAGCAUCGACCCUCCUGAUAUCGAAAGCGGCAACAAGGAUAUGACCAAGGCCAACACGGAAAACGGCGACGGUAUCGGCGGCUGGAUCAGCAACAUGGUCAAGAGAACCAAAGGCAACGGUGAAGGCGACAGCUCAAGCGGCGGAAAGUACAAGCAGAUUGGACAGGACGAGGACUAAACGUCCAUGGCGGCAUUGCCAAUGUACACGCAUUCGCAUUUCCCACGCAUAUCUGCAUUUUGCACCGACUUCAGACUACGGAAAUGUUACCAUAUUACGAGCAAACGGCUCGACGAGCGAGUGUUUUGGGUUGAUAGAGUGCGUAGAGCAUUACCAGGGCGUUUUCUUCUUCUUCUUCUUCUUCUUCUUCUUCUUCUUCUUCUUCUUCUUCUUUUACUUCUUCUUCUUCCCACUCCUUCACUUCUUCCUCUUCUUUUUGGCUCUCGUGCGUGUUUUUUUUUUGGAGGGCAGAAAGUGUGACUAUCAAGAUGUUGUUUAGAAGUUCCUCCCUAAUGUCAUCUUUCUUUAUGGCCUAAGGCUUCUAUGCCUAAAUGGAGGAACGUUAAAUUUUCAGGAAGCUUGGAAUAUUUUCUCUCGCUGCUGGGCUUGUUAUAUUAAAGAAAAAGUAUUGUACAAAAUAUGAGCAUGAGU